AUGAGUCUACUAGUGUGGAACUGUCGUGGGCUUGGGAACCUACGUACAGAAAAUGAGCUCGUUACUUUGAUACAGGCUAAAGAUCCCUCUGUCGUGUUCAUAGCCGAAACAUGGACAGAUGGUGCAAGGCUAGACCGUACGUUGAGCAAAAUAAACUUUGAUCAGAAGUGGGUGGUGUCGAGGGUUAACAGAGGUGGUGGCUUAGUGUUAUUUUGGAAGAAUUCUGUAAACCUUACUGUAGUAGAUUCACAUAGGUAUUACAUUGACACUAUUAUCAAUGGGAACUCCGAGAAUGAGUGGAGAUUUACUGGCUUUUAUGGGGAACCUGAGACCUCAAGGAGAAUUGAAGCAUGGAACAAAUUGAGGUCUUUAAAUUCAAGGCAAAAUAGACCUUGGCUCUGUGCCGGGGAUUUUAAUGAAAUUAUUCGGCAUGAUGAGAAGUUGGGUGGACCUAGGAGGGAGCACAAUCAAAUGCAGUUAUUUAGAGAUGUGAUUGAUGAGUGUGGCUUCAUGGAUUUGGGUUUUGUAGGUUCAAAAUUUACAUGGGCAAGACACUUUGAUGAUGGACACUCUGUUAGACUAAGACUAGAUCGGUGCCUGGCUACUAAUUCCUGGUUUCACAAAUUUCCGGGAACUAGAGUCCAUCACCUUCAAUCUAUGUCAUCGGAUCAUUCUGCACUUUGGGUAAAUUUAUUGGGAUUGGAAGAGCCGAGUAGGAAGAAGUGCUUCAAGUUUGAGGAAAUGUGGUUGUCUGAGCCCUCUUGUGGUGAAACUAUUGAAGAAACUUGGAAUAAUACUUGUGAUCAUAAUCCAGGCUUAGCUAUCUUGAAAAAGGUGGCUUAA